CCUACCUUAGGUCUAAGGGGUCGUUUGCUUGUUGGAUUUGAAAAAUAAGGGUUUUGGCUCAAAAAAACCUUUGGAUUUAUGAGGGAUUUGUACCAUCAUGGAUUUGAAGAGUCUAUUGUUUGCAUGAUAGAUUUGAUGAUAUAAUUAUGAUGGAUUUGCUGUAAAUAUAACUAGCCAUCAAGGAUUUACAAAUUCCACCCCAAUAUGUGGGAUUUACAAGUUCGUGGGAUCCACGGAUUUGGAUCCAAAAAAGGGAAUAAACCCCACGGAUUUAAGACAACAAACAAUGGACUUGGCUAAAAUCCAUCAUGCUUGAGAUUUGAGUCCCAAAUCCAUGACCCUGACCCAAAUCCAUCAAGCAAACGAACCUAAGUAUAACCCAAGAGCCAAGAUGCAUGAUUUGAGCAAGUUUUGGUCCGUACAUUUAUAUUUAUACUACUAUCUAAUAACUAAGUUCAAUUUUACUAAGAAUACUCAGAAUACACUGGAUUAUUAUCUAAUACACCACAAUACUAGACUAUUUGGCCUAUUUAUACACGGCUACCAUUCGCCACAAUUCUCACAAAAGUAUCACCCUUCCUCACCAAGGAAACCCAAACCAAAAACACUCAAACAUGGCUUCCUUCGCCAGUUUCACCGCUCCAUCCGCCGCCAGGACCGCCGCUUACCCCAAAACCCCGCAACUCUCCGCCGCAACCAAACCACCAACCCACAUUUCCCACCACUACUCCUCCCCAGCCGGCCACCGCCGCAGGACCAGACAACCACUCCACAUCACCUGCGACUCCACCGCCCCAAACAACACCCCCGUCCCAGACAACCACUCCCCCACCUCCCGCCGCGACCUCCUCCUCGGCCUCGGCGCCGGAGCCACCACCGCCCUCACCCUCGACCCCUUCUCCGCCGCCCUGGCCCGGCCCGUCCGCGGGCCCAGCAUCGAGGCCUGCGUGCGCGCCACCGCGGGGGACCAGACAUUCGCAUGCUGCCCCCCGUCCUUCGCCGGGGUGGACAUCCAGGACUUCCAGCUCCCGUCCGCCUCGGAGCCCGUCCGGAUCCGCCGGCCCGCCCACCUGGCGGGCCUGGACCCGGUCUGGCUCGACAAGUACAAGCGGGCCAUCAAGGCCAUGCGGUGCCUCCCCAACGACGACCCGCGCAGCUACGUCCAGCAGGCCCGGGUCCACUGCGCCUACUGCAACGGCGCCUACGUCCAGGCCGACGACACCAACAAAGGUCUCCAGAUCCACUACUCCUGGCUCUUCCUCCCUUUCCACCGCUACUACAUCUACUUCUACGAGCGCAUCCUCGGGAAGCUCAUCGACGACCCGACUUUCGCGCUCCCCUUCUGGAACUGGGACCACGAGGACGGCAUGCCCAUCGCCGACAUGUUCAAGGACACCGAGUCACCCCUCUACGACCCGCUCCGCAACCCGGCCCACCAGCUGCCCACUUCCCUGCUCGAUCUGGACUACAACAAGAGACAGCCCGCGGUCCGGACCAAGGACGAGCAGGUUCGGGUCAACUACGCCGUGGUGUACAACAACAUGGUGUCCGGUGCGAAGAGGAGGCUGGAGUUCUUCGGGGCAAAGUACCGGACCGGAAGUGCGGUGCCCGUGAGGCAGUCUUCCGGGUCGUGUGAGAAUCUUCACAACCCGGCCCAUAUCUGGGUCGGGGAUUCUAGCCGGGCCCUUGGGGAGGACAUGGGUAAUUUUUAUUCUUCGGGGCGGGACCCGCUGUUCUAUGUUCACCAUGGGAAUGUGGAUCGGUUGUGGAACGUGUGGAAAACGAUUGGGAAGUUCCGGUUCGACUUCGAUGAUUAUGACUACCUCAACGCGUCGUUCCUGUUUUACGACGAGAAUGCCAAACCGGUUCGGGUCAAGGUCAAGGACUGUCUGGACAACAAACUCAUGAGGUACGACUACGAGGAGCGUCCCCUCCCAUGGAGGAACUUCCAGAAAACCCCGGCCAGUUCCGCCACCGUAGCCAACAUUUUUGGCGGCGAGAAGGCGGCCAACGCGGCGGAGGCUCCGGCCGUGGAGCUGACCCCGCUGACCGAGUUCCCGUUGGCGCUGGACUCGGUGGUGAGCGUGUCGGUGGCGAGGCCGAAGAAGUCGAGGAGCGCGGCGGAGAAGGAAGCCCAGAGCGAGGUCCUGGUGGUGUACGGGAUCGAGCUGCAGGGCGACAAGGUGGUCAAGUUCGACGUGGUGGUUAACGACGACCCGGCCAACCCUAGCGGGCCCGACAAGUUCGAGUAUGCCGGCAGCUUCCUCAACGUGCCUCACGACUCCAUGAAGUUCGCGACCAACCUCAGGCUGGAUAUUACCGAUCUGGUGGGCGAUAUCGGAGCUGAUGACGACGAUGAGCUUGUGGUGACGUUGGUGCCUAGGGUUGCUGAUGGGCCGGUGACCAUUGCCGGAGUCAGGAUUGAGCUCCAGAAUUAGAGAUCUGAUGAGGUGGAUUAGUUCUGUUGAAGUGUAGUUACUCUAUGUCUCUCGAUGGGUUGCGGGCUUAAUUAAAGUAGGAUUCGGCUUAUUAUUAAAAUAAUGAACCUACCUAAGUCUCAUUGUCCCCAAUCGUAUUGGGUUGAAUUAGGCGGUCUAGCUUUUAAUGUGGUUUGGUUUGCUUUGAAUGAAGAGGGGAUGGAUAACUGUGGUGAGUUAUUUAACUUUGAAGUUGAGAGUAUUUUCUAUGUAUUAAAUAAUUUGAUGGAUGGGUUAGCAUGUGGACCUUUCCAUCCGCCAUUCAUUUAAAUUUUAAACGUUAGAUAAUGGUACUGUCUAAAUUUAAUUGAGUAUUUGCGAAAGAGACCUUAAGGGCCAAAGGUAGGGUACAUAAGUAUGGGUAUGUACUAAGGAAAAUUUUAUAAUGCUAUAUAGUAUUGGUGCUAUAGGUUUUUGCCUUUAUGGUACAAAUUAAAAUUGUACAUUUACG